UCACCCCUAUCUCUUUACACGACUGCCAACCAGUUUAGAGUUAUUCCAGGAAUGUGUUGAACAUGGCUGCCGCGAUGAAGGCACAGAAAACGGGACUGUUGGAACUUCGAGUUACCGUGGACCGUUGGAUCCGUGUAUUAGCCACACUUACGGAGGAUACUUUAACCGUGAGCCCCGGAGAGUUCGCCGAAGAACCAGUGAAACCCAACCCAACUCCCGCCGGUGCCAUUAAUGGAGACCAAGCAAACCUCAGCUCCUCUCCCGUCCCAGAAACGAUCACCAACGUUAAGCGCACGGUGCGAGUCACAAAGCAAGAUGUGGGAGGACUUGGAAUUAGUAUUAAAGGUGGAAAAGAGAACAAAAUGCCUAUUCUCAUCUCGAAGAUCUUCAAAGGGUUGGCGGCUGACCAGACGGAUGCCCUUUACGUGGGCGACGCCAUACUUUCGGUCAACGGCUCUGACCUCCGGGAGGCCACACACGACGACGCCGUGCAGGCUCUGAAGAAGACAGGGAAGGAGGUCAUCCUAGAGGUGAAAUACAUCAAGGAGAUGUCAGCCUUUUUUAAAAACACCUCCCCCGGUGCACCCUGGGACUCCCCCCAUGCCACGCCACAGAAAGGCGCAGACGCCCCACCUGCUGAGCUGAAGGAGGCCAGGACCAUCCCCCUGAAAAUGUGCCAGGUGACCAGGAAGCAGUGCCCCCCGGACACAGAGAACAGGUACUUUGAGGUGAUCUCGUCCAGCAGAAAGAGCUCAGUGUUCCUGAGGGCCAAGGAUCCUGCUAUGGCCCAGUCCUGGUACAACGCCAUCCAAGCCGGGGCCUCGGCCCUGGUGCCCCAAGUUAGGGGCGAGCUGAGGGCCAUGCAGGCGGGCCUGGAGGUCAAACACAUGGGAUGGAUCACUGAACAGGCGACCCAGGGUCCAGAGAGACCGGUGCUGGCUCUGCUGACUGAGAGAGACCUGCUGCUGUACCCCACCCUUCCUGACAGUAAGGACAGCAUCAACAGCCCAGCCAAGAGCCAUCCGCUCAUCACAACCAGACUGGUCCACUCAGGACCGGGGAAGAGCUCUCCCCUGCUGGACUCGGAGCUCUCCUUUGGGCUGCGCACAGGCACCAAGCAGGGCGUGGAGACCCACUUGUUCCGGGUGGACUCGGCCAAGGAGCUUUCGGCAUGGACCCACAUGCUGGUGGACGGCUGCCACAACGCCGCCGAGCUCAUCCAGGAGGUCACCACAGCCUGCAGCUGGAACGGGAAGGAGUGCAACCUGGGAGUGCACAUCGACGAGGGCUUUAGCCUGUUCACUGAGGAGAUGGGCAUCAGGAAGACGGUGCUCCUCCAGCAGCCCUUCGAGCGCCUGCGCAUGUCCUCAGACGACGGUGUACACAUGAUCUUCCUCGACUUCGGAGGGCCAGAGGCGGAGAUUCAACUGGACCUCCACUCCUGCCCCAAGACUAUGGUGUUCAUCAUCCACUCCUUCCUCUCUGCUAAGGUCAAGCGGCUAGGCCUGUUAGCAUGAUAACAGUUUGACCUGCAACCCCACCGAAGCGUAUUUACAUGCAGCCAUGACUCUUAACGUUAGGAGGAUGUGAUGUCACUGCAGAGGAUAUGAUGUCAGCGCUCUGUUUCAAACCGCCCCCAAGCAGUUAUAACAGACAUCAUUGAUAUUACAAAAAUCAUGACUGCUUUGAAAUUUGUUACAGCAUUUUCAACUGUUACCUGCAUUGUUUACUGAUUGAACUAUUCAGAGAGGUUAGUGUUUUAUCAUCCUAAAUCUACGUUAUUUUUAUGUUUUGGCUGCCAUUUUGAGAAACAUUAUUUUAUGUCUGCUAUUAAGGAUGUUUUCCAAGUGCUGAUUCAGAGACAUUUUGAGUGCAGCGAAAAGACUCUCCCUGCAUUUCUUUAGUAGAUUCAUAAAUGUUUCCCAUAGCCAAUAUCAACAUGAAGAUAAACUAUGUCAUAAAGCAAAUUUAAAGUUAAUCCCUAAAUCCAAAUGUUUAGAAACGGUUUAUUAAUUUCACUUAACCCCAACUCCAACUAACUUGAAUGACCUUAUGCAUAAGAGUGCUAUGCAUUUAUAUCGAUAGAGUAUAUACACAGUUUGACACUGUAUAAUUUCAGUCAAGUGUGCAUACCCCUUUUGAUUUAGGAAGUUCACCCUCUAGAUAAUUUUAAUUUUGAUGAAAUAUCGAUGGAAUAGUUCUAACAUUGGUAUUACCAGAGCCUUCUAGCUGUAUGUGUUUGUAACUAUAUACCUAUAGCACCUUCAAAAAAAAAUAAUAACUUGAAUUGUUCCACAUUUUGUUGUGUUACAGCCUAAAUUUAAAAUAGAUUAAAUCGAU